ACAGAGAGUUGUUUGAGAUCAUGGCCCAUGAAAAACAUCUGAAAAGUUCUGAAGCAAGGCCCAGCAGACCUGCUCAACUAGAUGACCCUUUCUUUGAUGAGGAUGAAGAUCUACAAGAGAAAUCACAGGACAAGGGAAAGCUUAGUUUUAGAGAGCAGCAGAAGGAGAUGGCAAGAAAUGGCCGAGAUUCUCACUCGAGCGCGUUGGCAUCAAAAAGCACUCUGCCUCAAACAAUCAUCAAUUUCAGGCUGUCUGACUGUGCCCCCAAAAAAGAUAUCGGGGAAGUUAAAGAGUACAUCAAAUGUACUAACGAGUCUUCUAUACUGGGAUCAGUUGAGUUUGGUUUAAGACAUCCACAGUACAAUUCAGAUUUCUUGGAGAAGUACUACUCUCAUGGAGGGAAAUUUCUCACUGUGUUUCCAGAUGGUUCUGCACAACUUUUCUAUCCCUCAGGAAACUUGGCUAUCAUCAUUAUCAGCAGUGAGAAGGAAAGAAUAUGCAUCGUACAUGAUGACGUGACGGCCCUUUGUCCCGCCAGAGCCAUCUUUCAGUCUAAUGGCAGAGCCACAUGUUAUCAUGGCAGCGGCAGCAUUUGGUUGUCUAUGGAUGCUCGGGGUGGGCAAAGUCUGGAUGAGAGCGGGAGAAGGACCAGAACAUGGAGCUGGACAGACAAGGCUCAAACACCAACACCCCUCAGACCAAUCUUUCUAUCCCUCAACAAAAAUAUAGGGGUUCGAGUUCUUGGGCAGCAGUUGGUGUUUCUGUCGUUCCUUGCUUCAGGACAGCAGGCCCGGUUCAGAGUAGGCAGCUGUGAGUCGUCCAAAGGACACAACAUACCACCUCAAGUCAUGACGUGCAAAGAGGAACUGGUUCUUCUGGCAUGCAAGGUUGGACUUCACAUGGCUCUGAUACGGUUACAGCAGUGCCAAGCCUUCCCAUCCAGUCCCACACACCUGCGGGUCACACCUCCACCUUUCCUCCAUUCGCUGGCCCAAAGGCUGCGUAAAUCGAGCCACAGAGUACACAUGGAAGAGCCAGACAGGAACUUUAUUCAGCGCUGUCUACAGGCCUGUCAAUCCACAGCAGGAUCUCCAGAGGAAACGUAA